CUUACAGAAAUGGCCUCCACCGUCCAGCCUCGUGAAUGUACUAUAAGCAAAGAAGAGGGAAAGGGCUAUGGAUUUUUCCUGCGCGUAGAACAAGAUGAACAGGGCCACCUCGUCCGGUCAAUUGAAAAGGAGAGUUCUGCAGAAAAAGUUGGGCUAAAAGAUGGAGACCGAGUACUGAAAGUCAAUGGAGUAUUUGUAGACAACAAAGAGCACCCUGAGGUCGUAGAGCUUAUUAAAAACAGUGGAAAUUCAGUCACCUUGUCAAUCCUAGAUAAAGAUUCCUACAAAAAGUCAAAGCAAAAUGGUGAGGACCUGUCUGGUAAUAAGCCACCUUCAAAGGAAGUCACUUCAUCAAAACCCAGCGAAUCCUCAACACCAAAGCCAAGACUUUGCUAUGUGGAGAAAGCCAAUGGAUCAUUUGGAUUUUCCCUAAAGUGCGUAAAAGGCACCACUGGUGUAUUCCUGGAAAACCUAGCUGCUGGUGGAGCCGCCCUAAAGGCCGGAAUCCAAACAGGGGACCGAAUAAUUGAACUGAAUGGCAAGAAUGUGAGCACUAACACGUAUGAUCAGGUUGUCAAAUUGGUGAAGGCUGCGGGAGACUCUGUAAUGUUCCUGGUAGUAGAUGAAGCUACCUACAAACACUACCAGCAGAACAAGGACAAUAUUACUGCAGAUCAGGCCACCACAAAGCUGCUACCAAAUCUUCCCCGCAUCGUGGAGCUGACCAAGGGAUCUGAUGGAUAUGGGUUCUAUCUCAGGCAGGAGAAAAAUCGCAAAGGUCACUUCAUUGUGGAAAUUGACCCACAUGGUCCUGCAGAUAAAGCCCAGCUGAAAGACUUUGACCGCGUUGUGUCUGUCAAUGGACAAAGUGUGGAGCAUAUGCAGCAUGAGCAGGUGGUGGAGGUCAUCCGGAAGGGAGGGAAUAAGACCACGCUGCUGAUAUCCGACAAGACGGUUGAUGAACUGUACGCCAAGGCUGGACUCUCACCAUUUGUGUAUCUAAAAGAAUCUAAGGCUUCGCCACAGGCAACAGAAACUCCAAAACCAGUGGAAACGCCCAAACCAGUGGAAACGCCCAAGCCAGUGGAAACGCCCAAGCCAGUGGAAACACCCUUGACUAAACCAGCUCCAUCUGCGGUACAGCCGGUGGCAAUUCCUUCUCCACAGCCUGCUGCCUCCAGCCCGUCCCCAGACCCUAAACACAAGCCCAGGCUCUGCAAAGUACAGAAAGGGGACAAGGGAUAUGGAUUCAACCUAAACGCAAUUAAGGACAUACCUGGCCAGUACUUAAAGCAGGUGACGGUGGGUGGCCCAGCAGCCGUGGCAGGGAUUAAAGAAGAAGAUGUGUUGGUGGAAGUGAAUGGCGUCAACGUAGAGAAGGAAAACUACGAUGAUGUCAUAGUGAGAAUUAAAAAUGCGGGAGGGUCCGUUACACUUCUGGUGGUUACCAAAGAAGGCAGCGAAUACUACAAAUCCCAGAAGAUCCAGAUCACAGCAUCCAUGGCAGACCCGCUGCCCGAAAAUAAAAACACACCAAAUGCCAGCCAGAAGACACCGCCAAGCAAAGCAAGAUCAGCACCUGAGCCUGUAGAGCUGGAAAAUCAGGCCAAGGAAGAGGCGAAACCAGAACCAAAAGAGAACGAUGACACAGCCCUGUAA